GAAGAAAAAAGCGAAGAAUGGAAUAAAGAGAUGAAUGGUAACAUGGCAGCCAGACCAGAAAACUAUCUUGAAUUGCUUCUCAUUGAUGCUUUUAAGGGGAAGGGAUUUCAGAAAAUAAGUGAACUGCUUCAAGAGAGAGAAAUAGAACCUCCCCAGAAAUACAGCGAAUCUCUCUUCAACCAGCUAGACAAAGCACUGAGAAAGGAGCUGGACAAGAAUGAAUUCCAGAAUGUUUCGCUGCUGCUGAAAUGUAUUCAGCUCUACUUCAAAAGUGAUCUUCAAGAAGGGACGAGUUUGUUUAUUGAGCAAGGACUGGUUUUAACUGAUUCUUUUAACUUUUACCUGGUAUCUUGGUUUGAAAGAGCAAGAACGUUUGUGAUCCUCAUCGACGCAAAUGACAACAAAUUUUUGAUGUUACUUCUCGAAGACUUCUUUGAUUCUGCGUUGGUGAUUUGCAGGUGUAGUAAUGAAGGGAAGAAGGAGCUGGUGAAUUUAUUUUUACCUGAACUAGGGCAUCUGGUGACAGAAACAAAUAUUUGCUGUGCUCUGCGGCAGGAGGCUUUGAGGACUCUCAACUCUAUACUCGACAGUGUCCCGCGGGAGGAGAGAAAGAAAUUCCCUCUGUCUGAAGAGAUGUGCUCACUCACGAAAGACCUUGCAAAAACUAUACUGGAGGUUGGUGAUUAUGACCUUCAGGUUGCCCUUUCAGAAGCACUUUGUAGGUUAAUGACAAAAAAAUGGAGGGAUGACCUUGUUCACCACUGGUUUGAAGAUAACUAUCUUGCUGAAGCUUUCAAAGAGAUCAAGGAUAGAGAAUUUGAGACGGACUGCAGAAAAUUUCUUAACCAGCUCAAUGAAAGGCUUGGGGAUGAAAGAAGAGUCUAUUCAUUUCCUUGCAUAUCUGCUUUUGCUGACAUGAACGAGGUGAAGAAGCCAUCGGACGAGAAGCUGGAGGAGUUCUGGAUCGACUUCAACACCGGCAGCCAGAGUGUGACUUUCUACGUGGACAGUAACGAGGGUGCUCUUUGGGACUCUGUGAGGUUGUCGAAAGAAGCGGUCAGCAGUUACAGCCUGAAGGAGCAUGAUGGAGAAAAGAUUGUUAAAAUUUAUAUGAAGAUUCCUGCUAUUCUUAACAAAACAGAAGCAACAAAAAUCAAAAUCUCUUUCAGUGCUGAGUUUGAAAUCUCAGGUAUACUUAGAAAAGUCCUAGGAGAUGAAAAAAUGAUGGUGCUGAGUCCGUCUAGCUCAGGGAGCGAGGAUGAGGCACCAUGGCCAUGUGCUGCUGGGAUUGCAUGGGCAGGGGAACAGCUGGCGGAGGCUGGGAAGGAAAUCUAUGACUUUGAAAACUCAGACUCUGCCAGUCAUGAAAAGGUCGCUGAAGCCAAAGGAAAGAUUCUUGGCCAGAAAGUCUCCUCACAAAAUCAGAGGAAACAUCUCUUCUCUGAAAGCAACAAUGAAAAUACAAGCACUGGUCAGAGUGAAAAAAGUUGGAUCCUUGACUCUCAGAAACGGUCGUUGCCAAAAUCUCUUGACUAUACCCGAAAAAGACCGAGAGUAAGAAGUAAAUUAAAAGUGCUUCCAGUGUCUUCUGCAAGUAGUGGCAGUGACUACCAGACAGAGAAGGAUUCAACCUCUCUUGCCUGUGUCAUUUGGCUGAUCUCUCGUGCAGAUGAAAUGCUCUCAGAGGAGUUUGAAGGGGGUCCUGUGCCACUUGAUGCAUCUGCCAAGGGCUAUUCCAUUGAUGAGAUGGCCACGCAGAAGUUUCCUGAUGCAUCUGACAAAUUGUCAAGAGAAGAAGAAAGCUUUAAGCAGAAGGACUCAGAUAUAUUAAGUGGCACUGUCAUAAAAAGGCCUAAAUUUUCCAGUUGGGAAACAACUCAUUUGUCCUCUGACACUUCAUAUAAACCAAGGAAACUUUUUGAUUCAGUAGAGAAGGAAGAGGAGACCCAAACAGGUCAGGAAAUGGAUGAUGGUGUGGAUGAUGCAUUUUUUUCCAAGAUGCUGCGUGAAGAUUUCAGUGAUUCAGGGGUGAUUACUGCAUUUGAAAGCUUUAUCGGCCAACUAAAGAAAUUGUUCUGGACUCGGUACAAAGGGAUGGAGACCAGUGCGCAGAACAUCCUGAGGACUUCGGAGAAGAACGUGUCCGCCCUGCUACGGCUGAGUAAGCUGGAGACCUUCCAGAAGAUUGUUGUUGAAGAGCUUGCCAGUCUUGAGAAGGAAACUCAAGUUUUGGCAAACAUGGAGAAGGAUGCAAUGGACUUCUGGAAUGUGCAGUUGCUCAAACUGAGUUCUUUCUGCAACCAGCAAAAGCAAAGAAUUCAGUCUGUUGACUCGGCCCUGGGUGAAACAGCAAAGAGUUUUGCUGACACUAUCCAGAAUACAACGUAUGAACGCCCAAUGAAGAAGGCAGUAGAAAACAACGUGUUCAUUGUUACUUCUGACUAG